AUGGCAGAUAUAAUCGAUUCUUCGGACAAAGAGAGGUCUUUAUAUUUGAUACAAAUUCAAUAUCUGGAGGAGCAGUUGGAGAGAUGUCAUCUGAAAUAUGACGAGCUGGAGAAACAGAACAAGGACCUGAGCUCUCGGUACGGAGCUCUGGAGAAGGACAAGAAGGACACCAUUGAGUACCUGAAACGCUUCGUGGUCGCCAAAGAGAAGAAGGAGGACGAGCUGGAAGAGCAGCUGGAGAACCAGCAGCUGGAGGACAAACAGCUCAGAAAGACUCUGAAGCUGCAGCACGGCCAGACCAUGAUCGAGAUGCAGCAGCGGCUGGAUGAACUUCACUCAGAGAACAAGAUGAUGGCGACAAACUCCUCCAAGCUGCCGGAGCUGGAGGAGAAGGUGACCCUGCUGAUGCAGCAGCAGUCCGACAUGGAGACUCUGACGCAAUCUCUGGUCAGUCACAUCGGAAAUCUUAAAGCUGCCAUCGACACAAUGCAGGGGGAAACCGAGCUGAUCAUGAAAAGGCUGAUUGCGGAUGGGAAGGAAAAUAUGGAGGACAUCAUUGAGAAGAACACCUCUCAGAUUCUCCGGGCGGGGAGGAAGGAGCACAGCGAGCGGCUGGAGCAGCUCCCUUUCCUGCUGAAGGAAAAUGUGGCUCUGCCCGAGGAGGUAGAGGUUAUGGAAGACCAAGAACAGGAUCUCUGCUUUGAGAAGGACGUGCUGAAUAAAGACCUGAUGAAGGUUACCAUGGAGAAUUUCGCCUGCAUGGCGGAGGUGGAGCAGACCACGAAGGAGUUACAGCAGCUGAAGGCGGAGCUGAAGGACCGUAGCUCCGCCAACAAGAGCAUUCUGGCCAAGAAAGACACUCUCAGACAGCUCCUGACCUCAGCGUCCAAGAAGAUCGAUCAGAAAACAGCCGAGGUAGAUCAGCUGAGGACGGAGGUCCAGAGGAAGAGCAUCAAGAGGAGGCAGCUGGAGGGAGUCAAGCAGGAAGGACUCCUCCUCUUCAGCCACAUCCUGACGGUCUCGGAGGAAUCGUCAGAGAGAGAGUGGAAGAUGCUGAGGCUGCUGGAGAUCCUGGAGAGCUCGCCCCCCUGGGUCUAGGCCCCGCCCCCAACGACUCACCUGAGGAGAGCGGGUGAGGACAGAAACCUCCGACCUUUGACCCCAAACCAGCCAGGAAACUCCGCAGUGAAAAGACAACCAGCUGUGAUCCGGAGGCCUCCACCUCUGCAUUCCGCUGAACCAGAUCCAGUCAGCGUAGGAAACUGAGUCAUUACUGCUGGGGCCGGGGGUUUGAGUCCAGACCAGGGCCGUUUGCUGCAUGUCAUCCUACUCUCUCCCUCUCACUAUCAAAAUAAAGUAG